AUGAGGCGAUUUAAUCCUGCUUGGUUUGAUCAGUAUAAGAACUGGUUAGAAUAUAGUGUUAAGAAAGACGCUGCAUAUUGUCUAUGUUGUUACUUGUUUAGAGAUAUUAAUGGAAAAGGUGGAAAAACUGAUGCAUGGAUUAACGAAGGUUUUUCUAGCUGGAAUAAGUUCAGUAGGCUUGCAGAACAUGUGGGACAGGUUAAUAGCUUUCAUAAUAAUGCAGUUAUGAAAUGUGAAAACUUGAUGAGACAAGGUCUUCCUUUCCGUGGUCAUAAUGAGUCUGAAACAUCUGCUAAUAAAGGAAACUUUAUGGAGCUUCUGGAAUACACUGCUGAACAAAAUGAAGCUGUGAAGGUAGUCAAAUCUAUUAUUGAAGAAAUUGAUCAUGACGUUUUUGGUUUGCUGGUUGAUGAAUCUGCUGACGUUUCUGAUAAGGAACAAAUGGCAGUAGUAUUUCGGUUUGUUGAUAAAAGUGGGAUUGUCAAAGAAAGAUUCAUUAGCAUUAUACAUGUGGCUGAGACAUCUUCAGCAUAUCUGAAAUCUGCUAUUGAUUCUUUGUUUGCUAAGCUUGGGUUAAGCAUAAAAAAGUUGAGAGGACAAGGUUACGAUGGCGCAAUUGGAGCUUCAUGUAAGAGAAAAUAUCAGAUUCGAGAAGAUCACAGAAAAAUGAUUGAAGAAGAUAUUCUUGAUGGUAAAAUCAAUACAGGAAAAGGGUUGAAUCAAGAAGUUUCUAUUCAGAGACCAGGACAGACACGUUGGGGUUCUCACUACAGAACUUUGUUGCGUUUGAUUGAGUUAUUUUCUCCCAUCAUUAAUCUUCAAGAAUUUAAUGAUCGCUUUACUGAGGCAAACACCGAGUUGCUUACUUGUGUUGCUUGUUUAUCUCCUAUUGGUUCAUUUUCUGAGUUUGACCAUUCGAAGCUGAUGAAUUUAGCCAAGUUCUAUCCUGACGACUUUAGUCCUACAGAGCGCAUAACUCUUGAGCAGCAGUUGUCUAUAUACAUCGACAAUGUUCGACAUGAUGAUAGAUUUAGUCAUUUGAAGAGUCUAGGAGACCUUGCUCGUAUGUUGGUGGAUACACGGAAACAUCAAUCACUUCCUUUGGUUUAUAGGCUUUUGAAGUUAGCUUUGAUUUUGCCAGUCGCAACUGCAACUGUUGAAAGAUGUUUUUCAGCAAUGAAGAUUGUGAAGACAGAUCGACGAAAUCGGAUUGACGAUGAGUUUCUUAAUGAUUGUUUAGUUUGUUAUAUUGAGAAAGAUGUAUUUGAGACUGUUACUAAUGAAACAGCGAUGAAGAAAUUUCAAGAUAUGAAAGAUCGUAUGAUGCUUUUGUAG